GCAGAACAGACUUUACCCAAAAGGGAUUUAAAUCGAAGAGCUUUGAUCAUCGAAGAUCAUGUCUUCCGGACGUGUGGAUGCCGCACGUGGUGCAAAGCAAUUCCCUGGUUUAGCCAUUACUGUUCCUGAGGAAGAACCCGAUUUGAAUCUUUAUCCUCCCGAAGCUGUACAAGUCCGGAACACCUUCAUUCAUGUGGCAAGCCCACUCUCCGAAGAUGUUUGGAACUCCCGGGCAGCCGUGUCAUGUCCAGCUUCUCAAAUCGGUGUACUCCACAAGGCGUUCCAGGACUUUUCUUUCGACAUUGGACCAAUGCAAAAGGACAUUCAGAAAGACAUCCAGGAGGACAAGGUGCAUGCAGUGCAUGAGCUGGCAGGCAAGCCAGUGAUUUGCCUUGAAAAUGCACUGAGAUUUGAUGAUUCACAGGCUCUAGAUCAAAAUGCAAAUCCUCAGAAUGUGGACCUCCAAUGGCCAUGCUAUGCUCAGAAUGUGGAGCCACAUUAUGUGGAGCCUUACGGGGAGCCAUGCUAUGCUUCCACGGAGCCCCCACCUCCAGGGCCUUCGGCUCCGGGGCCUCCGGCUUCCUCCGUUCCAAAUGUUCCAGCUCCCUACGAGCCAGCACCAGGAUCGACAGAGCUUCCCAGCGUCGGUUCCCGAGGGCACUAUAGCGGUGACUGCAAGCCAUGCUCUUUCCUGUAUGCAAAGGGAUGCAACAACGGAGCCAUGUGUUUGUUCUGCCACCUGUGUGAUCGUUCUGAAAAGAAAAGGCGGCAGAAAGCAAAGAGAGCUGCUCUGAAAGGAGGAGCUUGAGCAGUUUCGAUGCAGUGCAGCUCUCCACAGUGAGACUUGAAAGGCAAAAGCUCUGUAGUCAACCUGUGGAUCCUGUGGAUCCUGUGAACCUUGGAUCACAAAUCCAAAAAGCUGCGGGCUGUGAACCUUGAUCCAAGCCCGGAUGUUGUACUGUACAAUUCACUGGACCUCCCUUUCAGUCACAGUGGCCAAAAGACAGUUUCCGCAUGCAUGCGGUUUUUGAACCGGAUCUAGUUUCGAGCCUCACAGAAUUCAUAUCUCAAUCUUUUGCUGCCGCACAUUAUGUACAUCAGGCUUGUGGACUAAAGAUGUUUCAUUUCGCAAAUGAAGCGACAGAACAGCUGAGUUGUCAGCAGAUGUCUCAGGGAAGCUUGCACCAACGUCCCCUCAGCUGUACAGGCCAUGCGGUCCUAGGCUGGGCGAGUCUUGAGGUAAUCGUGACAUGGCUCAGCUGUGCACAGCGAAGCUUGGCGAACCUGGCCUUAAGUGUCAGGGUUUUUUUUCGCAGCGCUCCAAUGCAGAGGCAAAAUAAGC